CUUCUAAGUUCUAUCUCCCUCCCUCUCCCUCUUUCUCUCACUUCCUUUCCUCUUCACUCUUCUGUUUCUUCUCGGAGCUGACAUUCCGUGUCUUACGUUUCAUCUUCUUCUGCAAUAUGGCUUCCCUAUCCAACUUUGUCGACUUGUCUCAACCAUCCCUGCAAUGGGCUGCGUUGUCCAUUGCCUUCAACCCCAUCUUUUGGAACAUUGUUGCACGUGCUGAAUAUCGCAAUCACUUCCUGACUCGUAUCUUCGGUGGUAAUCCCUACUACGGCUGCUACUUCCUCGCCGUCACCAUUUUCGGCAUUGGAAUCCUACGCGACCACGUCUACCAAACGGCCCUGGCAGACCAGCCUUAUUAUGCCCCAGUGCACCAACCCGUCCUUGGCGGGCUCCUCUUCUCCGUCGGCUCGGUCCUCGUCUUAUCCAGCAUGUGGGCGCUCGGUGUGACCGGCACCUACUUAGGAGACUAUUUCGGAAUCCUCAUGGAUGCUCCCGUCACUGGGUUUCCCUUCAACGUCACCGGCUCGCCGAUGUACUGGGGAAGCACCCUCAACUUCUUGGGUGUAGCCCUGUACAGAGGUAAAGUCGCGGGCCUCAUCCUGACCGCCGAAGUCUUUAUUCUCUACUGGUUCGCUCUCCAAUGGGAGGAUCCCUUCACUGCCGAAAUCUACGCCAAGCGCGAGCGCGAGCGUGCCAAGGGCAAGCAAGGCGGCAAGAAGAACCUGUAACUUCAGUCAGUACCUUAACAGGCACUUCGAUAUCCG